ACGAUAUCUCUUCUCCAGGCCCCUCUCCAAUCUUACCACACAAAUCACCACUGGUCAGUGGGAAGUGUAAGCACAAGCAAAAGCAUCAAAUCAUGUCUACAGUCGAACAAGAAGUCACACUCGAGACUCGCGGUCACACCGCAAUCAUCUCCCUCAACCUUCCCAAGAAACUCAAUGCACUGAAUGGAGACCACUACUUCCGCCUCGCCAAAUUGAUGAAGGAAGUCGCCGCCCGCGACGACAUUUUCAUCACAAUCUUGACGGGAAAAGGACGUUACUUUUCCGCCGGUGCAGAUGUCUCUAUUUCAAAAUCACCUCCACAAGGCACGGAUAUCCAACGUCACUACCUCCAAGGCUUCGUGGCCCAAAAUCUACACAUAACACACGCCUUCUACACCCACCCCAAAAUCCUCAUCGCCGCUUUGAACGGCCCCGCGGUAGGACUAUCAGCAGCGUUGACCGGGUUCGCCGAUUUCGUAUACGCGGCUCCUCACACGUUCAUCCUGACUCCAUUCAGCAGUUUGGGAUUGGUGGCGGAGGGAGGUUCCAGCAGGGCUUUUGUGUCGAGGUUGGGCAUUUCAAAGGCCAAUGAGGCUUUGAUUAUGAGUAAGAGGAUCACCUGUGAGGAAUUGGUUAGUGUGGGUUAUGUUAAUGGGGUUAUGGAUGUCAAGCCCGGUGAGGAUGACAAGUUUUUGGAAUUGGUGUUGAGGGAGGUUGAUGAUAGGUUGGGCAAGCACUUGAUCCCGGAGAGUCUUUUGGGUAUCAAGAAGUUGAUUAGGAGACCCGAGAGGGAUUUGCUGGAUGCUCAGGGUGUAGCUGAGGUGUUUGGUGGGUUGGAUAGAUUCGUUAGCGGUGUGCCUCAGGAGCAGUUUAGAAAGAUUGCUUCAGGUGAGAAGAAGCACAAGCUGUAGAUUGGCUUUGAUACACGAAAGACUUGUUACACCACACAU